CGCCACUCUGGCAGAGGGGUGGUACUGCAGGGAGGGCUGCGGUUGCCAUGGUGCGGCGUCAGCUGGAGCAAACCUCAAGGCGUGGAGCAAACAACUAAUAGCAUCUGAACAAGCCAGGACUAAACGUUACUCCGUCUUACUGUCUUUACUGUGGAUGAUUACAGGACGGCGCGUUUUAAAAAGGAGCCUCUGGAGACAGUCAGACAUAAGCAAGAUGAAGCAGAAGAUGAUGUCAGCAGAGAUGAUGGGGAGACUGUAACCUAUGUGCGUUUCUUUUCAAAGUGACAACAUGGAAUCUGAAAACGUAACUGAUCCGUAUGAAGACAACCGGGAUGCCGAUCAAAGUCGCCAGUCGCUCCAGAGUACAAAGGAAGAUUCCCGAGCGUCAUCCUUCCAAAAACGCAAAAAGAACUUCCGGGACAAGAUCCAGGACGAGGGUGAAAAAGGCGGCUGCAUUGAGAGCAGGUCGAAGACCAGAACCUGGCGUUCAGAUCCAGAUCGGGACAAGGUAUCAGAUGGAGAGGGACGGAGAAGUAGUGGGUCGUUUUACUCAGAGGACUAUGAGAAUGAGUCUCGUUCAGACCGUUCGAUCUCGCCAUACUCCCAGUCCCAGACUCCAUCCCCUAACCGUCGAAGAGGGGUGCGGGCAAAGAGGAUUUCUAGCAGCCCCCUCUACAAGACGGGUGGUGUGGUGCGCCGGGGCGUGUCUCGUCCACAGCGUCCAGGUGGCCAGCCUCUGACCCAGCAGCAUCGCAGGGGAGUGCGUUCAGAAAGCAAGGAGUCCACGCCCCCUAAAGACCUGGACCUGGUGACCAAGAGGAUGCUCUCAGCCCGCCUGCUAAAGAUCAACGAAUUGCGUAACUCACUUGUUGAGCUGCAACAGCGCACUGACGAGCUGCAGAAGGAAAAUCGAGUUCUCAGACAGCUUCAGGUGCGUCAAGAGAAAGCCCUGCAUCGCUACGACGACACGGAAAGCGAGAUUUCCCAGCUGCUGUUGCGCCACACCAACGAGACCCACGUGCUGCGUGAGCGGCUCAGGCGCACUCAGGAGCGGGAACGGGCUGCCGAGCGACGGAUGAAGUACAGCGAGGAGCAGCUGCAGAGGAGCCAGACGACCAUCGCACGGCUGAAGAAGCUGGUCGACCAGCGAGAGUUAGGAGCCAGAGACGAGCUGAGCCGCAGCCUAGAGGAAGAGAAGACGCGGGCCCAGGAUGCAGAACGCAAGAUUAAGGAGCUGGAGCGUAGCAUGGAGCUGAGCAACAGCAGCUACCAGAGGCAGCUGGCUGCAGAGAGGAAGAAGACGAUCAGUGCCCAGGAGGACAUCAGUACUCUGCAGGAGGAGCUGGAACGACUGACCAAUAAACUUAAGGAGAAGGAGAGAGAACUAGAUUCUAAGAACAUCUACGCCAACCGCAUGAUGAAACCCACACUAAGAAAAGAUGUUGACAGUGGCACAAAGCGGAAAGUCCCCAGCAGGAGCAGCACCAAGGCAGUGCAGACUAAAGACAGAGCGUCCAGUCUGGAUUUCCCCUCACCUCCACCCACCGUCACUGAUGCCAGUGAGUGCAGUGAACAGGCACCUGACGGAUACCUGUCACUCAAGCAGGAGGUUGACAGAGUGGACAGACAGGCAGACACAGAAAACAGACAUCAGAAGAUGAGAGACAGAGAAAAAGAUAAAAAAGACAAGGAGAAGGAGUCGGUGAAGGAGAAAGAGGAGAAGCGGCAACUCAACCAGGAGCUUAAUGUGCUUGAGGAGAAGGCAAAGAUGUUGUCCACAGGCUGGGAGGAAAAAAUAGAGGAAGAAGACAACAAGAGGACAAGUUCUCUGUUAAACCAGGAGGAAGAGAACAACAGGAAGCGUGGCCACGUCCAGGAAGAGGUGGAGAGGUGGAACCAGGGGGCUCUGCCCAAUCAGCAAGCAACAGAGGAAACGCAUCGCAAGAAAGAACAGCUGCUGGCUAAGAUGCGCGAAAUAGACCGUCAAGACCAUGGAGCCCAGGACGCCAUGUUUGCCGAGUCUAGUCCCUCUGAGUCCAACAACAAGGCGAACAGUAACCAUUCUUCUCCUCGUCUUCCCGAGCAGAGGAACUCUUCCGUUUUUAACCUCACAGAAUCGGAGGAGUCGGCCAGUUUGCGUGCCGCUGUCGGAAGCAGGGAAGGCGGGAGGGGGAGAUCAGGCACGGAGGGUGGAGAUGGGACGACGGGAACGGGGAGGAGAGCGCCACGGCCCCAAAUCCCCAGGGACGACUUGGCGUUCGGGAGCUACGCGCCCUCUUUCGGACAUUCGGCUUCUCGAGGUUCUUCGGGCUUCCCUCCACCGCCGUCCAAAGAGGACAGGGACUCGGCGUUAGAAGCAAUAGGUAUUUUUAGUCUCAGAGGGGUGGAGACGGAGAAAGAGAAGGAGACGGAAAGAGGAGCAGGGAAGGACAAGAAGUCCAGCCUCAUGCACCAGCUAUUUGGUGCCCUGGCAACGAGCGACAGCGUGAGCAUCUCCAAUAAAAUGGAGGUCCUAAGCAGUCCCCCGACUACCAACGGGGUGCGUUCGAGAAGGGAAGGACUGCUCGGCUUCAAAUCGGGGUCUUCCACUCCUCCAGCAUCCUCCCUGAACACCUUACACGUCGCAGAUAGCAGGCCCGCCAUCCGUGCCAUCGCCUCAUUCGACGACGACAUAGAGGAACUUACUUUAUGAAAUUGAUUUAGAUUUGAGGUGUCUCAUAGCAGGCCAAAAUAGAAGAGAUUGGGUGAUGAACAUGGUCUAUAAAUUCAAGUCUGGACACUAUUGAUUUCCCAAUACUAUAUAAAUGAUAAAUCAUUUAACUUG